AUGGAAGCCUCAGUCUCUUCCUUCACACAAAUGGCAACAACAAGUACCUCCAACAACACUCUCUUAGGAAGAAGCCUUAACAUCUCAAAGCAUGAAAGCUUUACCAGAAAACCCAUGCAACCAGAACCAGCUGCUAGCUAUGAAAAAACCAAGCACAAAAGCUUGGAGGGUUGCAGCAAUCAUGAUGUUCCGGUUGUAGCAGAUCCAACCCCGGUUGCCAUCACUUGGCAAAUUGUUGUUGGAGCCGUAGCUGGAGUUACACCUUUUGUGGUGGCUGGGAUUGAAUUCAGCAAAAGAAUAAUAGCACAGAAAAGAUGUGAGGUAUGUGGAGGGUCAGGGCUUGUUUUGACCAAACAAGACUACGUCAAAUGUCCUGGAUGUGGUGGAUUUCUCCCUUGGCAAUCAUGGAAAAGAUUCUUUUCUGGCUAA